GGGAGGUGGUGCUGUCUGGCAGAUGCUGCUGUGCACUAACGUUACUUCCUCUGCUCUCUGUGUGCUGGCAGUGGCAGAGGUGAGCCGCUGCUGCCUGCUGUUCACUCGGCCCCUGCUCUGCUCUGCUCUGGUCUGGGAGAAAGCGGCCGACGGAUUAUCCAGUUCGGUAACGUUAGCUCGUUGGCUAACGGGUCAAGACCGCAACCGAGAAGAGCCAUGAAAAGCCGCUGGAGCCAGUGAAAGCUAUUCAGGGCUUAUUUCGGGACUUUAAUGUACGGAAAUAUACAAAGAAGGAGGUUCGCGGAUCAUGCCGUCGCCCCCAACGGGAACUUUUCUCUAGAAUUUCCACUUGGGAAAGGCUAGCUCAGGGGCUAGCGAGGCUACAAACUAUUUUUAAUUGGCUUUGGGCUCAAUGGCUCCAGCUUGUUUUUCCCUGUCAUAGCGACAGCUUGGGAAAUUAAAACAGGGAGAGGCCCUGUGAACUUCAUGACAAACCAAAGCCCGGUUUUGAAGCGUAACUUCGGAAGACUAGACUGACAAGGGACCGAAAAUGAAGAAGCAGUUCAAUCGGAUGAAACAGCUCGCCAAUCAAACAGUUGGCAGAGCGGAGAAAACAGAAGUCCUCAGCGAUGACCUCUUACAGAUUGAACGGCGCAUGGAGUUGGUGCGCGUGGUGUCCCACAACACACACAAGAGGAUGGUGUCAUGUCUACAGGGACACAUCGGCGCAGACGCAGAGAAGAGACAUUCCGUACCACGCCUCUAUACAGGAAAUGGUCAGAAAAAGCUUCCUCUGACUGCACUAUCCCAGGCAAUGGUGGAAGGCGGAAACCAAUUGGGAGAAGACUCCUUGAUUGGCAAGAUGAUGGAAGUGUGCGGCGAGGCAGAGAAUCGCCUGGCAUCUGAAUUGAUGCAACAUGAGCUGCAGAUAGAGAAAGAUGUUCUGGAUCCCCUCAGCCAGUUAGCUGAGGUGGACAUUCCCAACAUCCUGAAGCAGAGGAAACAACUGGCCAAAUUGGUGCUGGACUAUGAUUCUGCCAGAGCAAGAUGGUUGCAGGCAACCAAGUCAAUAAUCUCAGGAACAAACACUCAAGCACUGACGGCCAAGGCUGACCUACUCAAGGAGGAGAUGGAUGAAGCCAUGAACAAAGUGGAGCUUUGCAAGGAUCAACUUGCUGCAGACAUGUACAGUUUUUUCUCAAAAGAAGGAGACUAUGCCCGCUUCUUCGUAACACUCUUAGAAGCUCAAGCUGAUUACCACAGAAAGUCUCUCACUGUUCUGGAAAAUGUCUUGCCAACCAUCCAGGAUCAGCAAGACUCGUGGACAGAGAAGCCUGCAUUUGGCACUGGGCUGGAUGAACACCUGAAAAGGAGUGGAAGGGAGAUCGCCCUGCCACUAGAAGCCUGCGUCAUGAUGCUCCUAGAGACUGGCAUGAAGGAAGAGGGUCUAUUCAGAAUCGCAGCAGGUGCGUCCAAGCUAAAGAAGCUGAAGGCAGCACUGGACUGUUCCACUUCCCAACUGGAGGAGUUCUACUCUGACCCCCAUGCUGUCGCUGGAGCACUUAAGUCCUACCUGAGGGAACUCCCUGAACCUCUAAUGUCUUACCAGCUUUAUGAUGAAUGGAUCCAAGCAUCCAGUGUGUCAGACCCAGACAAGAGGCUCCAGGCCCUCUGGGUUGUAUGUGAUAAGCUACCAAAGAACAACAAAACCAACCUGAGGUAUCUGGUGAAGUUUCUAACCAAACUGGCUCAGGACAGCGAGGUCAACAAAAUGACUCCUAGCAACAUCGCUAUUGUCCUGGGACCCAACCUGAUGUGGGCCAAGACUGAGGGGAGUCUGGCUGAGAUGGCUGCAGCUACCUCUGUGCACGUGGUGGCCAUCGUGGAGCCCAUCAUCCAGCACGCUGACUGGUUCUUUCCUGAGGAUGUGGAGUUCAAUGUGUCCGGCAUGUUUGCAAUGCCUACACCUGCAUCCAACCACAACAAUCACCUUGAUUAUGACUGCAGCACCAUUGAGAGGAAGAGGCCUGGCAGUAUGGUCGGACCAGAGAACGACACGACGCGCAAAGACAACACCCCUAACAAGCACUCGGACCACACCCUUCGUAGAGGCAGUAACACCUUAGGUAGAAAGCAGCACACUUCGCCUGCCUUCCAGCCUCCUUUACCCCCUGUGGAGGCUCCGGGGCAGGGGCACGGGGCUGCGCAGGUCCCCCAGCCCUCAGCUGAGCCCCAGCCACAAGCUCCAUCAGGGGGUCCGGGGCCUGAUGCUGCCCAGCAAAGCUUGGCACAGAGUCUGGCUGCUCUGGCAGCCGCUCAGCAGCUUCUAGCCCAGCACACAGAGGAGCUGAGCAACCCAAAGCUACGUGACUCUACACCGGCCCCGACCCCUCUGCUCCAGAGGAAUGGCUCCGGAGGAGGGGGCCCCGCUGCAGGGCAGCUGGGCGCCGGGACCCCCGGGGCUGGAUCCAUGGGGCCCAGUCCGCAUAUGAUGCGCAGAGGUACCAAGAAGCAGGCUCCUGCUCCUCCCAAACCGAUGAACCCUCCCCCCAGCCAGCCCUGUAACUCCUCCUCCGGCUCGUCCCUCAGCCCCUCCCCCAGACCCCUGUCCAUCCACUCGCCCAACUCGCCCACCUCUCCCACCUCACAGCCGUGUGCCACACCCAGACGCCACUCCAGCAACCAGCCCCCGAUCCAGGCGCCCAGCCACCCCCCUCCGGAGCCUCCGUCACAGGCCAGCCCGCCGCCCCAGCCCGGCGCGGACCAGCAGAGCGCCGAGCCCUCGCCUCCAGGCACCCCGACCCCUCCAGACACCCCUCCGCCCUCCGCCGCCACCCAGAAUGUCGCUCCUCCCUCCCCGUCUCCCUACCAGUCGGGCUCCCUCCCCCGGCCACGGCCCGUCCCAAGACCCCGGAACAGGCCCAGCGUCCCACCCCCACCGCAGCCCACCGCCCUGGCGGCCGACAGCAACGGGAUCUGCCCGACUGCGUACAAGAUGAUGGACCCGGCGAUGUCUUUCAAAGGGCUGAGUCGAGCUUUGGUCCCUGAGCUCGCUGUAGAACAGCAGCUGGCGGCGGCGGCGGCGGCGGCCUCCUGCCUGCUUCCUCUCAAAGACUGUGACCUGGACACGGAGAGCACUGUCCUAUAGGGAGGAGACCACCACCACAUACCCCGCCCCCCCCGCCACUCCUCUCCUCAUACACACACCUCAUUUAGUCUGCUCGGGUUGUCGUCCCAGCCCCGUAUCUGCAGCCCUCCUCUGCCGCUACCACGUUCUGCAUGACGGACUUGUAUGACAAAAUGUGACAAAAUGCACAAAAUGCACCUUGAUGGAGGUCCGCUGCUCCUGUUAAACAAUGGCUAUGUAAGUAGAUUAUGUUUGUAGGGCCGCCACGACAAAAUUGAUGGAAACUGCUCACUUUCCUACAGUAGUUACAAAUCUGAUGAUUUAUGGGUUUAAUUGUCAGCAUUUUAACUGGAAAACCAAUUACUGCACAUAUUACCAUCACUAGCUAAGUUAGUUGGAUUCCAAAGUCAAAAAUCCAUACCUGUCAGGUUAUCUUUAUAUUAUAUAUGUUAUGUAACUUAUGUAAGUCGAUAGAUAAUCAAUCUGCAACAAUUUUGAUAAUAAGACAUUUUUAGGUGGAAAUACCCCAAAACAUGCAGCUUUCAUAUGUAAACUUGGAUUUUGGGAAAUUGUGACUGGCAUGUUUCACCAUUUUUGGACAUCUUAUAGACCUAAUAUUUAAUUGAGAAAAUAAUCAGCAGAAUAAUGUGAAUUGCAGCCCUUCCCAUCACAUCACCAUAUUGGGCUUACUUCACCUGUAGCCACGCCACCACGUUCUACAGCUGUCUCCCAUUUCCAGUCGCGCGGUUGAAGCGGUCACUAGCCAUUGUUGACGUACAGAGAGUCCUCCUGACCUCCAUGAUGGUGCCAGAUGUGGUCAUGAAGAGACUUGUGACACAAAGCCUCGACACUGCAACUCUCCCCACGCCACCGCUAUCUUUAUACCGCGCGCCAGACAAUCACACGGCACAGGGCCGUCAGACAGCUGUCCUAUAAAGCACGGGAACUGGCCGAGGGAAUGCCAAAAUAUGGACUGACGAGACUCGUUUGGAAUUUGGUGUGAGGUUUAGUAUUUUUCAAUGUUGAAUAAUUGCCUUAGAACAAGAAAAUGAAAACGAGGGAGGGGGAAAAGGUCAGCAGGUGACGUAGAAACCCAAACUGUUGCUUAAAGUGUAGCUGGUGACUGCAGGUUUCCAGUCGUCUCCCAACACUUGAUUUUUGUAUGGAAACCCCAUCUUUUUUUUUCUUUUUUUUUUUCUUCCCCCUCCUGUAUUUAUUUACCGAGUUAAAAACACACAUUCCCUGUGGCUUGACAUAAUUAAUGCAGUCUUUAAAUGUAAAUCAUGCCUUAUGGGUUCCUCCCAGAACCGUGUAAUAAGCAUUAUAUAUUUACUGUAUGGAGGAUAUACUUGGCUCCUAGUACUACAGUAUUUCCAAGAAGCUGUCUUGGCAACGAGUUUGUUUCAGGGACGUAAGGAAGGUGAUUUGACCCUCUGCAAUAGAAGUCUUGUAUGGUUCUGUAUUGUUCCACAAAGGUUGUGUAUUUAAAUGUGUUUUUUGGUUGAUUUCUUUGGGUUUUAUAAGCAGAAGUAGCAGGGUUAACCACGCGCCCAGCCUGAACACAGUCAGUAUUUUGCCUUUCUGUUUUUUUCCAUCGAUCUUUGUGUUUUCUCCGGUGUUCGCCGGGGAGGGCAUUAAACGCAACAGGCUGUGUGUGAGUGAAUGUAGCGAAAAGGACAGUUCUUACCAGCCUGAACAGAAAAGACGCAUAAACAGCUGAUGUUGCACUUGAGCGCAGGCCAAUGAGUGGUUUCCCAGUGAACUGGUUCAGAGGAUUGUUUUGUUGCAGUCUUUCCCACUGAGCUGAGAGCACGCAGCGCUGUGAAACCUCAGUAGUGAUGUGGUGUUAGAUUUUUGCCAGGUCAAAAGAUAAAUGCUUUGUUGUAUUUUCUGUGUAAGCUUUUGCUUUUUGGCCUCAGAUGUAAUGCAGAGUGUGGUUCCCAGAGAACUGACCCAAUAUGGUACCAAUGGAG